AUGGAAAAUGACAUUUUCGAGAAGAGCAAAAAUGAAUUAGAAAGAAUCUACCUGAGCAAACAUGUCGUAGUUCACCCGAUAGUCCUCCUCUCAGUGGUGGACCAUUACAACCGAAUAGCCAGUAACACAAAAAAGAGAGUGCUUGGGACAAUCCUUGGAGAAAAAAUAGAUGGUGUUGUACAUCUCACAAACAGUUACGCAUUGCCAUUUGAAGAGGACAUAAAAGAUAUCAAUAUUUUCUUUGUAGAUGAUAAUUACAACGAAAAUCUUUUCAAUAUGAUACGAAAAAUUAACACUCGAGAGAAAAUAGUUGGCUGGUACACUACUGGGUCUAACAUUAAACCGAAUGAUAUUUUCAUUAAUGAAAUUUUUUACAAGUACCACCAUGCCCCCAUCUUCCUUUUGGUCAAUGUACACACAGAUCAGAGUAUCUUUCCCGUGAAUGCCUACGUGGCCAUUGAGAAGGCCAUCUCUGACAAUAAGUUCCGGAAGACAUUCAUCCACAUCCCCGUGACGAUAGGCGCGUUCGAAGCCGAGGACGUUGGAGUGGAGUUCCUGCUGAAAGAGCUGAAGAGCGUGUCGACGUCCACCCUGGCGACCAAAGUGGGUGAUAAACUAUCCUCCCUAAAAAGCCUCAUCUCCAAGCUCCAAGAAAUCGCUGCCUACCUAAAUGACAUUCUCAAUGGAAACAUAGAAAUGAAUAUUAAAAUUCUGUAUAAUCUCCAAAACGUAUUUAGUCUCCUCCCAGACACAGAGAACCCAGAACUACUGGAAGCCUUUAUGGUAAAAAAUAAUGACAUCAUGUUGAAUGUCUUUAUUGGAAGCAUUACCAGGUCGGUUAUUGCUCUGCAUAAUUUGAUUAACAACAAAAUUGAAAAUAAAAUAAACGCUGAGAAGAAGAAGCAGCUCGAUGUGUCCAAGGACUCGGAGGAGGACAAAGAAAAGGAAAAAGAAAAAGACAAAGAUAUGGAUAAAGAGAGGGAAAAAUCGAAGAAAAAGAACUAG